AUGAAUUCGAUGGCGUGGUAUGGGUCAGAGGGACAACAAGGGCUCCGACCCAAGGACCUUGGUUGCUCUAUCAUGAUAUCUGGAGUGGUUAGCAGGGAGGCAGGCUGGAUGCCUAUUCCAACACCAGAACAGCUACGAUUGAUUAAUGCAAACAGAGCUGGCAAAGACUAUUUUGCUAGAGAUGCGGCCAUUGCUGUCCACGGCAGCGCUGCCAAGCGUCCCUUCACUGAAAUUAGUGUGAGGGAUGGUUUGGACGCAUUUCGUCUCAACAAAGAGCCUGGUGGGCAGCAACCAAAGAUGCAUGAAACCACUCUGACGGAAGGCUGCCUUGGUCCUUUUGACAACAACGGAUGUAGACUUGCUGUUGGUGCGGUCCAGCGAUGUGUAUUUUCAGAGGACGAUCAAGGCCCAAGUUGGAUGUCCUCCGAACAGCAAUCUACAACCAAAUAUGACCAAGAGUUCGAGGGUGAAACUGUGAUGAGAGCUCUACGGUCUAAAAAAGAAAUCCACGCUCACCUGAUCCACAAGCUUGGAAGCAACACUGCCGGGCUUCCAUCUGAUCCCUCGCGCACUUCCCUAGCGUUCCUCCGAGACAUUGCCAAUCAACACUGCAUAGAUCUAUCCGUUGAGGAAGUCAAGAAGCAAAAAGGAUGGGUCAACACUCCAAAAGGAGCUCUGCAAAUGUGCAUUGAGAGAGGCUUGGUUGACUUGGAGCUUGUGAAGAGACGAAAAGGGCACUACACGAUGCCUGGGAGGAAAGAUGCCGAAGGCAAGUUGAUCGAGGGAACAAGCCUCCGCAUGCUGCUCCAAGGAUGCGAUGAUUUCAAGAAGGAAAUCUCUAUGCUAGAGUGGGUAGCCAAGCAGUAUGGAUGGCGAGUUAUCUUCUCUCCAAAGUGCCAUCCAGAAAUUGCCGGUGUUGGCAUUGAAUACGUGUGGUCAGUGUCAAAGAACUGCCUUGUUCGGAUCCCAUUGCCACAACGAAAAGGAAAGGAUCGCUUCACGAAGCAAGUCUUGGAUGUGUGCUUCCACAGUGAGAAGACGCUGACGAAACAAACGGUGCGAGGCUGUGCACGGAAGGCGCGACAGUUCGUAAUUGCCUAUUUGCUUUUGCACGCAGUCGAAGCAGCCGGAGACGAAGGAACCGGCGGCACAAAGCCGCUCACUGGAGAGGUGUCGAUUGAGACGAUGCGGAAAAAGCAAUCCGAGCUGAAGUUUGCGACGAUACGAGCAGCCCAGAAAAUGUACAAGCGCCACCGAGGUAUCGCCAUGUUUGAUCACGAAGAGGAGAAGAUAUCAUUCACUGGCAGCGAGAGUAUCGAAGACUGGAUGAGAAAGGAACAAAGGAAGAGUGCUUAA